AUGAAGGCAGCCUCUAUUCUGACUCUGACAGGUCUGCUGUCAUUAGUCAAUGCUCAUGGAUACCUGACCAUUCCUUCAAGUCGUACUCGGCUUGGCUUCGAGGCUGGCAUCGAUACCUGCCCCGAAUGCUCCAUCCUUGAGCCCGUCUCUCCAUGGCCCGAUCUUGAAGGUCCUCAAGUUGGCCGAAGUGGACCAUGUGGUUACAAUGCCCGAGUUAGUGUUGAUUACAACCAGCCCAGCGCACACUGGGGUAAUAUAGUCGCCACAUAUACUGCAAACCAAAUUGUUGAGGUGCAAUGGUGUGUCGACCACAAUGGUGAUCAUGGUGGCAUGUUCACCUACGGUAUCUGCCAGGACCAGGCUCUAGUCGACAAAUUCCUAGAUCCAAACUACCUUCCAACCAACGCCGAGAAACAAGCUGCAGAAGACUGUUUCCUGGCGGGUGAAUUGAAAUGUACAGAUGUUACUGGACAGAGCUGUGGCUACAGUCCGGACUGCUCUCCCGGUCAGCCAUGUUGGCGCAAUGACUGGUUCACUUGCAAUGCAUUUAAUGCCGACAGUCGACGCGGCUGUCAAGGUGUGGAUAAUGCUCCAUUGAACUCCUGCAAGACAACUAUCGCCGGCGGCUACACCGUUACGAAGAAGAUCAAGAUUCCAGAUUACAACUCAGCUCACACCCUGCUGCGCUUCCGCUGGAACUCUUUCCAAACUGGCCAGGCUUAUCUUCACUGUGCUGAUAUCUCCAUUGCUGGUUCCGGCGGUGGAUCAACCACAACCAAGACGUCUACAGCUACGACUUUAGCCACUACGACGACCAAAACAACAACUACUGGAGCAUGUGCUACUCCUGCCACCAGCGUCUCGGUGACUUUCAACGAAGUGGUGACCACCGUAGUGGGUCAGGAUAUCUUCCUCACAGGGUCAAUUAGCCAGCUGGGCUCUUGGUCUACCUCGUCGGCGAUCGCUCUGUCUGCAGGCUCAUACACAUCGUCCAACCACUUGUGGACUGCCACUGUGAGCCUCCCUCCUGGAACCACAUUCGAGUACAAGUUCUUCAGGAAGAAUUCAGACGGUAGCAUUACCUGGGAAAGUGACCCUAACCGAAGCUAUACUGUGCCAGCAGCCUGCUCGGGAACUGCAGUCACUGCAAGUACAACCUGGCGGUAG